CGCGACCAGGAUGAGCGCAUUCACUCACGACGACCCCCCAAGACCACGGACUUCCUCGCGCCAUCGCAUUGACGUCUGCUUCUGACGCGCCUGUCCUUGCCGGACAUAUACACACACGAUCGCUGCAACAAAUACACGUCGAAUCGCGUGAGCCGUGUCCGCCGGCAAUCAUAUCGCGUCGCGCGGCCUCCACCCGAUAUCCACUUCAGCAGAGCCAGCGGCACAGUCAACAUCACAACCGACACAUUCUCAUGACGCGCCAUGGCUCGCUUGAACAAUAGGCCGUCUACUGUAGCCGGCUCGCGCGCGACCAGUAUUGCUAAAUCUCCAACACCUGGCCAAGAAAAUCGAGAUCCCACUAUGCGACGCGACAAGGGCAAAGGACGCGCUUCGGAGUCGUCGAGGACGAGUUUGCCGACGCCAUCAUCUGACGACACCGAACGCGCGCGUGGACAGAAGCGAAAGAGGGCACAUUUCGGAAUGACACAAGAGGGGGACAUACCAGAGGAUCAGGAACCCGAGGAUGUGAAAUUCACGCGAUAUUAUGAUCCGAACCAGAAUGCAGACCAGCGGCGGCAGGUCAAGCGCAAGUCGCGCGCCAUGUAUCGCAAGCUCCACGAGGAGCGCGAUGAACUUCUGCGCGGCAAUGGCGGUGGCAUCAAGGAGGCACUCGAUGUCGCAAAUCAAAACUUUAAGAGCGUCAAGCAGACAUCGGAUGCGACCAUGGACGCCAGGUAUCUCGUCGAUCUUUCGGCAAUGGCGAAGAAAAAAGCCGCAAGCAUGAUUCUGGGCGACUCUAGCGCUGGAAUGGACGUGGACCUCUUCCUGAACAGAUGUGUCUUCUUCAUGAAAAAUCGCCAUGCCUUUGGUAUCGAUGAAGACGAGGCCGCGUUUCAGGCUACACAGCGGCAAACACAAACACAACGACACAGACGAGAUCUCGAGGACGAAGACGACGAUGACGAUGGGGUAGAUCUUGAUUGGGAGGUCAUGGGCAGACAUGCUUGCUUUCCCUUCAACAGACGCCCUGCUUGUCCGUCAUUCCUGUUGGGACCUCUUUCCGUGGAGAAGAAGAUCCGAGCGCAAACACAACGCAGAGCGAGACAAACGAAGGACACCGGGCCUGCCAAAAAUGUCGAGCGAAUCGGUAAAGAGGACAUGGCAGCUGCCGAUCCAAACGCCCUGACAACACAAUGCAAAGCGAUCUCGAAGCAUUUGAGAAGACAUUGCGAAAAGGCACGAAAUGCUGCAACACGGAUUGAAGCAGAAGAAGGGCCCAUGGACGAAGAUCGCGCCGAGGAGUUUUGCAAACAGUACAAAGUCACAGAGACUGGUGCACCGUCGCUGUUUGAAUAUGUCAUCAAUCCCCACAGCUUCGGCCAGACCGUGGAAAACCUAUUCUAUGUGUCUUUCCUGAUCAAGGAGGGCAAUGCAGGAAUUGUGAAAGACAAGCACGGACUGCCAACAUUAUCACCCACCGUGGCACGAACAGUGGAACAGCAGCGUGUCGACAAGACAAUGAAGAAUCAAUCCGUCUUCUCGCUGGAUUACGCCACGUGGGAGAAGCUUAUCAAGGCUUUUGAUAUCACUGAGCCAAUGAUUCCACACCGAAGCGAGGACCAACCGACUCAAGUCACGGGGAACGGUUGGUACGCAUAAGCUUUGUGUCGGCAGAUCGAUUUCCUGGGUAGCCUGCUCUUCAUUUGCAGUCCAGCACGAUGAUGUCUUUGCAUUAUUUCAACGCUCGAUACCCUUUUAAGCAACGAUACAGCUUUUGUUCAUUGAAGCUCGCAGUGCCACAUCUGA